AAUCUCAUAUUUAUAGGAUAUAGUAUACCCAACAGUUAGUUGGUUCAGUUAGGUCCUGAAAAGGAGGGAGGAGAAUAACUGAAUUUCCCUCCAAAAAUACCAACUUUUAAAAUGUCUCGCUCAAAGGUCAGAGGCGCGGACAGCCUCUGACCUACAGCUUCUGCCUUCGGAAUAUCCCUUUGUCUAAACGCUCCGCUUUGAAUAUCUGAUAAAUGAGGCAAGUAUUUCCGGGCCGAACAUUUUGGGCCCAACAGAUGCCCCCUGGCCCAAGCUUUGAACAGAUGUGGUAUGUUAAUCUGUUAGAAUCUUGGGCCGACUCUUCAACACCAAAAGGUUCGCCUAAAGCCGUCAUUCUCCGUAAAUCGAGGCAAUCCGCUGGUGCACGAUCAUUUGAUUACCUGACAGAUUUCCAAACUUUGUUCCAUCUUCCGAAGAGAAGCUUGAAAGAAAACCCUAGAGAUUUCCUCCAGCUCAAACCUUCGUCAAUCAUCCCACUCGGUGUGAUAAUGUCUUCUCGUUCAUCUCCCGACCCUGCGGAUCGUGAUGGAUACAAAAAUGCCUUCGAACGCAUGCGCAAAUCGUUCGACAUUCCAGACAACGUGUCGGUGAGGAUGCUCUCGGAGGCUGAGCUUCGAGAGUUGCGAUUCAAGGAUGUAGUGAAGCCUACUGAGAUAGUCAUGAGCUUGAGGCAUAUCGAAUGGCUCCGCUUCCCUCUUCCAGCGUUGCUCGUUCAGAUAAUUUCAAACUCCGGGGCUCAUAUUUCGCAAUUUCUUCCAAACGCCAUUCAAUCAAUAGUCGGGGCCCAGAUGAUAGGGAGCCUUAGGAAUGUCAAUAUUCAAUCGGACGAUAUUUACGCGUGUUUCACCAAGUCUACAAACAAGGUGAUAGAGGGAAAGCCUUGGAAAACUUUCUACCUCUCUCCCAAAAAGGAUCGGACAAUGUUUACCGAUUUCGACAGCUCUCAUCGAAAUUGGGAUAAAUACUUCUUUGCUGUUGGAGGAGCAUGGUACCCUGAGUACGUGCCUCAGGAAAUUUUUCCUCUGGCCAGGGUGUUUAUAAAAGAUUUUUCUUGGCCUCAGGUCAACAUGAGUUCUGAGCGACAGAGCAUGCUGACAGAGAAGGGGCUUCUUCACGAAUCCAAGGAGAACGCCAUUAGUAUCAGGGGUGUAUUGAACUCCUACUGUAUGCAGAUUAUGACUCGGCUCUGCUUCGUGGAUCGGGUCGACCCUGGAGCUGUGCGGGUUAGAUCGCAGAAGGGUGACAUGACCUUAGGUAAGAUUACUGCGGCAUGCGCGAAGCAGCUGGGAGCUUUCCUGAAGAAAUCUCCUCCUACUCCUUCAACUCUAUCACUGACGAAAGCUGAAUUUGAAAGGGCGUGCACUGAAACCUUCAACGCGUGUGCCAAGCGUCAAGGGGUCCCAGAGGGUAAAAAGAAGGAGGAUUAUGUACUGGCUACUGAGUCUUCUCCUGACAAAUCUGGCCUAUCGCGCAGGUCUUCUCGCAUCCAAGGGCGGUCGUCCACGCCUUCUGACGCCCUGCAAAUCAAGCCUCUUAAGCAAGUGCCUUUGCCUACGGAUGCCUUGGGAAAAAGAAAGGAUCGUGAGGAGUCCUCUUCCGAAGAUUCGGACGACGGGAAGUACAUUUCGUCGAAGCUUCGGAUCCCGAAAGGCUCUGUCCCCACUCCUCAAGGAUCUGCUCUAGCAAUCCCCAAAUUUUCCCCCGGUAAAUUGCCAACGGGUCAGGCCCUAUCGUUGUGUAAAAGGCCACGUGGAUUUGCCCCUGCUGGGCAUUUACCUGAGGCAUCUUCUGUUACUCCUGCAAUUGGAUCUUCCUUGGUAGCAGGCUCAGAAGGGAUGGUUCAUGUAGAGGGCGCUUCCUCUUCUCCUUCCAAACUUCCAGCGGAGGCGACUAGAGAUGGAGUUCCGGAUGGCUUACCGUCGGAGGUGAAGUCGCCUGCAAUCUGCGCGAAGUCGUCAGAGGCGUUGACCUCAGCUUCUGAUUUACCCGAAGGGUCUGCUGUUGGCCAUAAACGUGGCUCAGAGGGGAGACGCCCUUCCUCUGCUUCUCGUAAAAACAAUCUUCUAGAGGAUGCUUUCGGGGAGGGUUCUGAAUAUGUGGAUACCAUUUCACUGCCAGUUGAGGCAAGUAAGGUCGUUGAGCCCGAAUCUAUCCCUGGGGGCCAGGAAUCAGGGGCUGUUAUGGCAACAAGUGUUGAUAGUCUUGGUGUUGACGUUCCUUCAUUGCUACCUACCGCUUCUGAGUUUCAUCCAGGAGAUGUCGCUGCUGUGUCCCCGAAGGGUAUUGACUCUUUUGAAUCUCCUAGUGCUUUCUUGGAACAGCUCACGUCUUCUGCCGUGCGGACGCCAGUGUAUUUCCCCAGUGAUUUGGGUGAGGAUGACAGCUUGUUUGCGCGCCCUUCGAAGGUGUACUCUUCCGGCAUGGGAACGGUUGCGUUGACGUCUGAUAGCAUUAUGGUAUCGACGUUAGCAGAAGGUGAGAAGCCAGUUGCCCCCGUUGCUUCUGCGGCUGUAUCUGCAGGGGGAGAAGCAAGUGACAGAACAGGAGUAAUGUCGGAAUAUGGCCCCUCUGCAUCUAACGAAGUGAUGGAGGAAAUGCUACGCAUAAGCAGACCCCAUCUACCUACAGAAGCAGUUGGGUCUUUAAGUGGACAAGGCGAUUUGUUGCAGCAAGUAUCGGACCACAUCUGGAUGAGCUAUGUAUGUGCUUCGGCUGCAAGGCGAGAGUAUGCGGCGGCUAUGCAGAAUGGAACCAAAUUGGCAGAGCAGAUGGCGAAAGUAGAAGAGGAGCGGUCAGGGAGAAAGAUGGCUGAAGCGAAUCGAGAUGUGCUGGUAGAGGCCAUCAAGAGGUUAGAAGCAGAGUUGGCAGAGGCGAAAAAGAGGGUGACCGCGAUGGAGGAGAAGCUGGCAAGCACUGUUGGGCUUGAAGUGGAGCGAGACAAACCGAAAGCUGAUUUGGUGGACAUGACCAAUAAGUGGAUGGAGAAAAGUCAAUUCUGCGUUCAGCAUGAAGCUCGCAUGGAAAAGCUUAGCAGUAUGAUGAGUGACCUUGACGAGGAGAUUGUGUCGUUACAGACUGAUAAGGAGACCUUAGAGAAGGAGAGAAAAGAGCUGGAGCAAAGGGUGAACAGUCUUGAGUCCAGCACAGCGGAGGCCAAGAAGCAGAAGUUAGAAACUGAACUUCUAUUUGGGAAGAAGUUGAAGGAAGCAGAAGAGAGGGCAGUAGAGGCAGCUGUUGAAGCCACUAGGCAGCGUAUUCGAGACCGAGAGAUCACUGAACGCAAAUUUGCGAGAAUGGCAGAGGUAGACACUGCCAAGUAUCUGGAUUUGGCGUUACGUAACAAGAAGCAGACCCCAGAGGAGAAAUGGGCAAAGCUGGAGAUGUAUUGCAAGAACGUCGAUGUAAAGAUAGGAGAGUAUGACGUCGACAAGUAUUUGAAUGAACUUGGGGAUUUGCAGAUUUCUUAUCCGCCAUGUCAUUUGGAGAAGUUGAAGCUGAGGGGCGAUGCGCUGGGAUCGAUGUAUAAUGCCGAGGGGGAAGCCGUUGAAGAUACUGUUGCCAACUUGGCUCCUGAUGAAAAAGCAUCAGGUUCUACCUCUGUAGCUGAGGGCAAGUCAGAGGGUGAAAGAGGUGUAUGUUGUAUGACGUAUUUGGAUCAGGAGCUUCAUAGAUCUUUUAGGCCUUUGCGUGCGAAAUACAGCGAAAGAUUAUACAGAUGGUGGGAGAGGAUGCCCAGUGAGCACCGUGAGUGGACGAAUGUUCCCUUUUUAAGGAGAAUCUUUGACAACCCACAGUGGCUUUACUCAACGUGGGCUCUGGAAGAGCUUAUCAGAAGUGGCAUCCCGUACUAUAUAUCUUGUGAACGCUACGGGCUAGGCUAUCCGAAGCUAGAAAAUGCGAUGUCAGAGUACAUACGACGUAUCGAAUGGGAUUAAUUAUG